GCCGGCGGGAGUGCGGACGCUCCGUUUCCCCAUGUGCUUGAUGCACUAAGCAGUAACCUUCAAGAGAAGCUAGUGAAAACCAUAGCUGUCCAAAAUGCAGGCGGCAAUGAACAUCACAACUAAAUACUGUCAGAAGGAGCUGGAGGAAUAUGGCUCGUGCGUUGCCUCCAAUCCAACGUCAUGGCAAGAGAAGUGUCAAGACCUGAAACUGAAGGUUGCACAGUGUACUUCAUCACAUCCAGUAAUAAGAAAAAUACGAACAGAUUGUGCUAAUGAGUUUUCAACAUUUGAACGCUGUCUGCGAGAAAACCAGAGCUCGGCUGAAACAUGCCAACCUCAUGUCACCCGCUUCUUGGCCUGUGCAGAGACCGUGGACCUUUCAGGAAUAGCAAACAUUGCGCCUCAGCCCACGUAGAUGCCAGCCUUUUGUCACUGUUUCAUCUAAUGAAGACAAAACACAGGUGUUUUUAUACUUUAAUACAGGAGGGAAAUGGGUUAUGGAAAUUAUUAUUAUUUUUGAAGAAUUGCGACACAAAGAAACAAGGACAAACAGAACUCAAUUGUUUGCACACAUAGUUUGAAGCCGUUUCAAAGUUCUUACUUUGAACUUUUCCAACUAUUUAUGAAAUAAAUCAUUUAAAAAAAAAGUUGCAAUGACAUUAAACCUAUGAAGAUGCAAUAAAAUGUGCUCAUUUCUAUUUUUA